AUGGCGAGUCAAUUUCCCCAUGGUGGAGGUUCUCCAGGCGCCGGAGGUGAUCCAUAUAUCAUGUCUCUGCCACCGAGGAUUCGCCCCUUUAUUCCCGAGAGGUACGACCCCUCGAUGCACAUCCUCCCGCGGGCAGUUUUCUAUCAUUUUACGGACAUCGAUGAUCGAGCCCCCGUGGAUUUGCUAUUGCGGGAGCCGGAGUCCCAUCUCUCCUAUCAGGAACGGGAGGUGUCUUCUCGUAUCACACGAGGGUAUGGCUCCAUUGUCGCGAGGGAGUGCUACGUAGAGCUUCCAGAGGCUGUCCGCGAUUGCACCAAGCAAAGGUGCAACUUUGACAUUCACAAGUCCGGCUUCGAAUUACCACAAAAGAUUCACCACAAAUCACAUCCCAAGCACGCUCUCACGCUUCUCUCAUCCCCGUCUUACAAAGAAUACAAUGAAUUCACCCGCAAUGCCUGUCGUGAAAUUGGCACUGGUUUUACCUACCACUAUAAAGACUGCAAGUUUGAUCUCCAUGUCAAGUGUGCUACAUUGCUCGAAACUGCGAAACGCAAAGAUCAUGAGCACCCGCUGAGUCUCUUGUAUUCAUCUCCAUACAAGAAAUCUGAAGAGGAUAGUUCCAAGGACUUGAUCUUCUACUGCGAUGUAUGCCAAAUCUCAGUCGAUGACAGCUGUUGGGUAUACUAUUGUCAAGACUGUGAUUAUGGUACUGACUUGCAUUGUGUGACUGCUGAGAAAAGACCAGAAGAAGAAGAAACAAAGGAAUAUUCAGCAGAAGAAGCAGUUGCCAAGGCUCAGCAACAUAUGCAAUUGCUUCAAAUUCAAAUGGAAAUGAGCAAACAAAAUGCAGAGUUUAUAAGUGGAAUCGCACAAAGUUUGUCCAACUUAGUUUAA